AGUUGCAGGCUGGCUGUCCUUGUUCCUGCUGCUCACCGAGUCGCCGCAAAGCCGCUAUAAGCUAACGGCUACACACCGACAACCGGUGACUCUUCACACGCUCAUUUCCCCCCUAAAUCCGCCAAAACGUCUUACGCAAUGAGAGGAGAUCGGGGAAGGGGCCGUGGUGGCCGGUUUGGCUCCCGUGGGGGUCUGGUACAAGGGUAUCGCCCUUUUGUCCCACACAUACCAUUUGACUUUUAUGUUUGUGAGAUGGCGUUUCCACGGGUGAAGCCUGCUCCUGAUGAGACUGCAUUUAGUGAAGCUUUGCUGAAGAGAAACCAAGACCUGAGUCCUACCUCUGCUGAGCAGUCUUCCAUAUUGUCGUUGGUGACGAAGAUUAACAACAUUAUCGACAAUUUAAUUGUAGCACCUGGUAACUUUGAAGUGCAAAUCGAGGAGGUUCGGCAAGUGGGCUCAUACAAAAAAGGCACCAUGACAACAGGACAUAAUGUAGCUGACCUUGUAGUUAUCCUCAAGAUUCUUCCCACUUUGGAGGCCGUCGCUGCAUUAGGAAACAAAGUAGUAGAGACUUUGCGUUCCCAGGACCCAGCUGAGGUGCUUUCUAUGCUGACCAACGAGACCGGGUUUGAGAUCAGUUCUGCCGAUGCUACAGUAAAAAUCCUCAUCACUACAGUCCCUCCCAACCUGCGCAAGCUCGACCCGGAACUCCACUUGGACAUCAAGGUGCUACAGAGUGCCCUGGCUGCCAUUCGCCACGCGCGCUGGUUCGAGGAGAAUGCUUCACACUCAACGGUGAAAGUUUUGAUCCGCUUGUUGAAGGAUCUGCGGGUGCGCUUCCCUGGCUUUGAGCCUCUCACCCCGUGGAUUUUGGACCUCCUGGGGCACUCUGCUGUUAUGAAUAACCCUUCCAGACAGCCUCUUUCACUCAACCUUGCCUACAGACGCUGUCUCCAGAUGCUAGCAGCAGGGCUGUUUCUGCCGGGUUCUGUAGGCAUCACUGACCCUUGCGAGAGCGGAAACUUCCGCAUUCACACUGUAAUGACCCUGGAGCAGCAGGACAUGGUGUGUUUUACAGCACAGACACUGGUAAGGGUCCUUUCCCAUGGUGGCUACAGGAAGAUCUUAGGACUUGAAGGAGAUGCCAGUUACCUGACUUCAGAGAUGUCCACAUGGGACGGUGUGAUUGUCACCCCAUCUGAGAAAGCCUAUGAGAAACCCCCAGAGCGUAAAGAAGAAGAGGAGGAGGCAUUGGAAGAGGGAGGAGAAGGAGAGGACGAAAGCAUGGAGACACAGGAGUGAAACUUGCAGGGAUCACAGACCAAGCCAGAUCUUGUCCUGUAGGAUGUUUGCUGUUUUGAAGAGCCGAGACAGGAAACACUUAUUGGAGGAUGUUGUUGAUUUUUCAUUGUACGUUUGUGCGGAUUUGAAUUGGAUCAUGUCAACAUGUUUUAUUGUUCACAACUUUUUUUUUCCCCCUCUUCCCCCUCCAGUGUUGCCGUUCGGUCCUUGUCCCCAUUCCCUGCAAGAAUCUGUAUUUCUACUUUUUGUCACUUUUACCAAUAUCUUGUGUUUAAACUGGAGAUGAGUGUCAAGAUCUCCACCUUUGUGCUGUUGUAUUUUUACUUACUGUUCAUCAUUGAUAAAUUAAACUUUUUUUUUUAUCUAUGUUCAGUGGAAGGCAGUUUAUUAUUUUUAUGUCAAUUUGUUGGUAAUUUUGACUUGCUGAGAGUUCUGUAAGAUAAGACCUAUGCUGUGGAAAGCAACAUUUAUGGGGAAAAAGACAGACACAUAUACAGGUGGACAAGAACGAUUGAGCUUGCUAAAAUAGCUUUAUCGUAAUUUAGAAAAAUGUUUACAGCCAUUAACAGUGUUACAUUCUGUGUUAAGUUAACCACAUCACAGUGAGCCUUCUGUCUUAAUUUACAGCUACUGCACAUUUAGCUGUAUACGUCUAUGGCAAGGGAACAAUGACUUACUGAAUCUAAAACAGCUGUCACAGGCCCUCAGUG